AAUACAUAUAGCUCCGAAUCGGGGAAGAAACGAACAGCCAUUGCAGACAACCAUUAGUGUUGAUCGAAGCCAUGGUUUCCUUGUUAGGUAAUCCACUGUUCAACAGACCAUCACGAUUGUUGAUGAUCAUGUUAGCACUUUACAUGUGUCUACUCCAUCUUCCUUUUGCUGCUGCUGCUGCUAACAAUAACCAAACAGCAACAGAACAACAGAGAAAGGAAGCAGAGUCUCUUAUAAAAUGGAAACAGAGCCUUGACAACCAAAGCCAAUCAAUCCUGUCUUCAUGGGUGGUUGGAGUUGGAGACAGCGGCCAAUGCAAUUGGGUUGGAGUUUCCUGCGACGAGUCGACAAGGAGUGUGAGCCAUCUCAAUCUUUCGGGCUCUCGUUUGAAUGGUACGCUUCAAAAUCUCAGCUUCUCAUUCUUUACCAACCUCAUUAGCAUCGAUUUAGAAGCAAACCAACUUUAUGGAGAGAUUCCACUUAGUCUUUUUAAUCUUCGCAGUCUGGUUUAUCUUGACUUGGCAAACAACAGUCUUACUGGAUUUCUUUCCCCAAAACUUGCAAACCUUUCCAGUCUCUCCCAUCUCAGGUUAUUUAUGAAUAAGCUCUCUGGCUCCAUUCCUUCCGAAAUAGGAAAGAUGAAGUCUUUGAUAGAGAUUUCUUUACAGAUUAACAAGCUAGAAGGUCCGAUCCCUGCUUCUGUAGGAAACUUGACCAUUUUAGAAUCACUUUGGCUUUAUCAGAAUCAUCUUUCUGGACAUAUUCCAACAGAAGUCCGGAACUUGGGAAAGUUAACCCUUAUCGACCUUGGAUCUAACAAUUUUUCUGGUCCUAUUCCUCGAGAAAUUGAAGGAAUUAGAAACCUUCAAUCUCUUACCCUUCGUAACAACAGUCUCUCUGGUGCAAUUCCUGCUUCCAUUGGAAACUUGACCAAUUUAAGUUGGCUUGAUCUUUCAUAUAAUUAUCUUUCUGGACAUAUUCCAACAGAAGUCCGGAACUUGGGAAAGUUAACCCUUAUGAGCCUUGGUUCUAACAAUUUUUCUGGUUAUAUUCUUAGAGAAAUUGAAGGAAUUAGAAACCUUCAAUCUCUUUACCUUCAUAACAACCGUCUCUCUGGUGCAAUUCUUGCUUCCAUUGGAAACCUCACCAAUUUAGUUCAACUUGAUCUUUCAUAUAAUUAUCUUUCUGGGCAUAUUCCAACAGAAGUCUGGAAAAUUGAAGGAAUUAGAAACCUUCAAGUUCUUUCCCUUCGUCACAACAGUCUCUCUGGUGCAAUUCCUGCUUCCAUUGGAAACUUGACCAAUUUAAUUCGCCUUGACCUUUCAUAUAAUUAUCUUUCCGGAAAUAUUCCCCCAGAACUUGGAAACUUGGAAAGUUUAACUGAUAUGGCGUGUUCAACAAACCAACUUUCUGGGAGUAUUCCUAAAGAAAUUGGAAAGAUGAGAAGCCUGGUAUUUCUUGCCUUCGAUGCCAACAAUCUCUCUGGUGCACUUCCUGCUUCUCUAGGAAACUUAACAAAUUUAAUAGGUAUUUACCUAUUUCUAAAUAAGCUUUCUGGACAUAUUCCUAGAGAAAUUGGAAACAUUACAAAGUUAAGUUUUCUUCAAAUUCACAGCAACCAACUUUCUGGAAAUAUUCCAAAAGAAAUGAAUAACCUUGUUUAUUUAACAAGUUUGCAAUUGGCUUAUAAUAAGUUCACUGGCCAAAUUCCACAACAAAUAUGCGGUAGUGGAUCACUUGAGGGUUUCGGUGCCAAUGACAACCACUUUACGGGGCCUGUCCCAAGAACCUUGAAAAACUGCAGCAGUCUCCGCAGAGUCAGGUUGGAUGGUGGAAACCAACUGACAGGGAAUUUAACAGAAGCUUUUGGUAUAUACCCACACUUGAUCUACAUUGAUUUGAGUGGUAAUAAAUUUGACGGUGAGGUUUCACCCAAGUGGGGGCAGUGCCAAAAUUUGACUUAUCUCAACAUCUCCAACAACAGAGUUUCAGGAUCCAUAUCGCCUGCACUUGGGGAGGCAACUCGUCUGCAAGCGCUUGAUCUCUCCUCGAAUCAUCUCUCAGGAAAGAUUCCAGAGGAACUGCUAAACUUGAAGUCAUUGAUCAAACUUAUACUAAGUGGUAAUCAACUAUAUGGUGAGAUUCCUUCUGGUAUUGGAAAGCUAACUGAUCUAGAGCAAUUGCAACUUGCAGCAAACAAUCUAAGGGGCCCAGUUCCGAAAGAAGUUGGAGAGUGCUUAAAGUUAUUACAGUUGAAUUUGGAAAAUAACAAACUUGAAGGAAGUGUUCCUUUUGAGAUAGCUACGAUGAACUCUCUUCAAAUCCUUGAUUUAAGUUCAAAUUUGCUGACUGGAGUGAUACCCCCACAGCUUGGAGAAAUGAAACGUUUAGAAACUUUGAAUCUCUCGCACAAUUCUCUUUCCGGUUCCAUUCCAUCCACUUUUGAUGAAAUGUCAAGCUUGAUGUUAGUUGAUAUGUCCUACAACCAGUUGGAGGGUCCUAUUCCCGAUUCCAAGGCUUUUCGUGAGGCUCCUUUUGAUGCAUUCAAAAAUAAUAGAGGCUUGUGUGGUAAUGUUGCUAGUUUAAAGCCUUGUGCAACGAUCAAUAAGAAUCUCCACGGAAGAAAAGGCAACAAAGUCAACAUAUUGAUUGUAUUGAUCCCCAUUUUCUGUAGCCUAUUUAUCUUGUCCAUCAUUUUAGCACUCUUAUACAUUCUUCGCAGAAGAGUAAGGAAAACAAAAAAUCAACCUGAACCUGAAGUGCAAAAUGAGAAUUUAUUUGCAAUAUGGAGCUACGAUGGAAAAAUGGUGUAUGAGAACAUCAUCCAAGCAACAGAGGAAUUCGAUUCCAAACACUACAUCGGAGAGGGAGGAUGUGGGACUGUUUACAAGGCUGAGUUAAGCUCAGGUCAGGUUGUUGCAGUGAAGAAGCUACACACAAAUGUGGAUGGUGGGAUGUCUCAUCUCAAAGCUUUUACUAGUGAGAUUCGUGCAUUAACAGAGAUACGACAUCGUAACAUUGUGAAGCUAUACGGGUUCUGUUCACAUCCACGACACUCAUUUUUGGUCUACGAGUUCUUGGAAGGAGGAAGUAUUCGAGAUGUACUGAGCAAUGAGGAGAAAGUAAGAUCUUUUGACUGGAGAAAAAGGGUAAAUGUCGUGAAAGGUGUGGCUAACGCGGUGUCGUACAUGCACCAUGACUGCACACCGCCUAUAAUACAUCGAGAUAUAUCAAGCCAGAAUAUUCUGCUGAAUGAACAACACGAUGAAGCUCAUAUUUCUGAUUUUGGGACGGCCAGGAUUCUUAAAACCGAGUCAUCGAACUGGACUUCAUUUGCAGGAACUUUUGGAUAUGCUGCUCCAGAACUUGCUUAUACCAUGGAAGUGAACCAAAAAUGCGAUGUUUAUAGCUUUGGGGUGGUAACAUUGGAAAUACUGAUGGGGAAGCAUCCAGGGGAUCUAAUCUCCUCAAUUUCAUCAACUCCUUCCUCAUCAUCCUCACAGCAUGGCGAAGUAUCUCUUGUGGAUAUUUUGGACCAGCGCAUCUUGGCUCCUAAACAUGACGAUGAAGUAGCAGGGGAGGUGGCGUCUCUUGCUAAGAUAGCAUUGGCAUGUUUAAACCGCAGUGCACAAUGUCGGCCAACGAUGAAAGAAAUUUCUCAGGAGCUAAUGUUGACUCGAAGGCUGCAUUUGUCAAAAGUACCAUUGCAUCUAAUUACACUUCCCGCUUCCUCAAUUUAGCUAGAAGCUUUAUGGUUUGAAUAUGGAAUAAUAUUAUAUUAUAUAUAAAUGUUUACAUUUUCGUUAA